CACACACAGGAAUCCUUGGUUUCAUCAGCUCUCCGUGUUUUCCAGCCUGCCUCUGUCUCGUCCCACUCGCACUCUCUGUCAGAGCGCGGCGUUGACAGCCACUGGCCACUAAACAGCCCACUUUGUCGGGGAUUGUGUGCAUGCAAGACUGCUGAAACAGAAGCUCUGAACCUCACAUUUUCUUUUCUUUGCAAGGCACUUGCAGCUAAAGCAAUCAAGCCCGUCCACGGCACUAAAAAGCUCAAGCUAAAAAGUCAUUUUCAUCACUGUCUCACAAGCCAACACUCCCUGCACAAUGUCUGGAGAGGACGCACCUGCCCAACAGCAAAACGCCGUGGACCAGAAGCAGGAGACCAAACCCACCGAGGAACCCAAAACCGAGACGGAAUCGGCACCCGCCGCCGGAGCAGCUGAGGCAGCUGCUACCCCCGCGGCCACCACCGAAAAGGUCCCCGAGGAGGAGGCGUUUACCUACCGCGCACUGGUGCUCACCGGUUAUGGGGGCUAUGAUAAAGUCAAGCUGCAGGUAAAGAAGGGCAAGCCGGUGCUCAAGGCUGGCGAGAUCAUGGUGCGGGUCAAGGCUUGCGGGCUGAACUUCGCUGACUUGAUGGCCCGGCAGGGGCUGUACGACCGGCUGCCGUCCCCGCCAGUCACCCCAGGGAUGGAGUGCUCCGGGGUGGUGGAGGCUGUAGGGGAAGAAGUGACAGACAGAAAAGUUGGUGAUAAGGUGAUGGUGCUGAGCCGCUUCGGGCUGUGGCAGGAGGUGGCAGUGGUACCAGCAGCCCACACCUUCCUCAUCCCAGAAGGCAUGAGCUUUGAGGACGCAGCAGCCCUCCCUGUCAACUACAUCACCGCCUACAUGAUGCUGUUCGACUUCGGCAACCUGCGGCCCAACCAGAGUGUCCUCGUCCAUGCUGCUGCAGGUGGUGUGGGGAUUGCAGCCACUCAGCUGUGCAAGACAGUGAAGGACGUGACCGUGUUUGGCACGGCAUCAGCCACCAAGCAUGAAACCAUCAGCGAGGGCGGAGUCACACAUCCUAUUGACUAUCGCACCAAGGACUAUGUGGAGGAAGUCCGCAAGAUCAGUCCAAAAGGCCUGGACAUAGUACUGGACCCUCUGGGAGGAUCAGACACCCAUAAGGCCUACAACCUGCUUAAGCCUAUGGGCAAGCUUAUCACCUAUGGUACAUCUAACAUGCUGGCGGGCCAGAAGAAGAACCUGCUCGCUGUGGCUAAGAACUGGUACCACCAGUUCUCCAUCCACACACUCAGCCUGAUCCAGGGGAACAAGUCAGUGUGCGGCUUCCACCUGGGCUACCUGGAUGGGGAGAUGGAGCUCAUCAGCCAGGCCAUGGACAUCGUCCUGGAUCUUUAUAAGCAGGGCAAGAUCAAGCCCCGCAUCGACUCCACUUGGCACCUCGAGCAGGUGGGCGAUGCCAUGAGAAAGAUGCAGGAGAGGAACAACAUCGGCAAAGUGGUCCUCACCACAGAGCCGAUGCCCGAGGAGGAGAAGAAGGAGGAGCCCAAGAAGGAGGACAAGAAAGAGGACAAGAAGAAGGACGACAAGAAGAAGGACGACAAGAAGAAGGACGAUGCCAAGAAGGAGGAGAAGAAGGACGACAAGAAGAAAGAGGAGCCCAAGAAGGAGGAGAAAAAGGAGGAGGAGAAGAAGGAAGAGCCCAAGAAGGAGGAGAAGUGAGAGGGAGGAACCGAUAGUCAAGCAGACCAGCAGGGAGUUUGUGUCCUGGGAACAGGGGGUGUGGUGUUAGAUGGGGUGGGGUGUGGGGAUAGGAUGGCGAUGGAGAUAGAAA